UAUAACUUGCGGAGCUAGAGAAAGAGAGGCGAGGGAGCCGCUGAACCAGCCGCGGGGACGUCCGGAGGAAGGUUCGGAGUCUCUCCGGCUCCCUGCCCACACCUGCCGUCGGAGAAACGGCGCGAUCUUGGCUGCCUGCCCGGCCCCGGUUCCCCUGAGGAGCCAGUCGGUCCCCUCCCCCGACCCGCUCAGUGGCGGCUGCGGCGGGUCGCGGCUCUGAGAAAAGUUUUUGAGAGAAACGGAGCUUGACAAUCGACGGCGUGGGGCGGAGAAGAGCAGCACGAAGCUUGCCGGCCCUGCAACCCUUUGCCUCGCGAUGCGCCCUAGAGGCGCCCAGAACCGACGCCAGCCCGGAGACCUGAUAAAACAUCAGUAGGACAUCUUGCAGGAUACCAACAUCUCCAGGAGUAUCCCUAUGCAGUUUUGCAGCACUCCAGAAGGAUGUCCCAGUCGCAACUUGUCGGAAUCUUGCUUGCAUUGGUGCUCUGCCUUCAGGGAGCCUCUGCCCAGGUUAUGGAAUAUGUCUAUGAAUACGUGUAUGAAAGUUGGAAGGCUUACAGUGAAGAAUGUCAUCGCAACAUGAGCCUUUGGCCACCAUCUACUGAUUUGGUUUGUAACCGAACCUUUGAUAAGUAUUCGUGCUGGCCUGAUGCACAACUCAACAGCACUGUCAACGUUUCCUGCCCCUGGUACCUGCCCUGGUAUGAUCAAGUGAAGCAUGGCUAUGUAUUCAAGAAAUGUGGUCCAGAUGGACAGUGGGUAACUGGUCCCGAAGGGAAGUCAUUGCGCAAUGCUGAUCAAUGUAUGAUAGACAACAAAGAAGACCAGGAGUGGUUUGACAGAAUCUACGGAAGCUUCAGAGUGAUGUACACGGUGGGCUACUCGGUGUCCCUCUGUGCUCUGCUUCUGGCCUUGGCUGUGUUGCUGGGUUUCAGCAAGCUGCACUGCAUGCGCAACUACAUCCACAUGAACCUCUUCGCCUCCUUCAUCCUGAAGAGCGUCUCAGUGCUCACCAUCGACACACUGCUCCACACUCGCUACAGUGAGAAGGUUGACGACUACAACGUGAGCCUUUGGCAGAGUGACAAGGCAGCCACAGGGUGCCAGGCAGCCACAGUGUUCAUGCAGUAUGGUAUUGUGGCCAACUAUUGCUGGCUGCUCGUGGAGGGGAUUUAUCUGUACAACUUGCUGGUGUUGACUGUCUUCUCGGAACGCAGCUAUUUCACCCUCUACCUCUGCAUCGGCUGGGGAGCCCCAAUCCUCUUCAUUGUGCCGUGGGUAGUGGUGAAAUAUCUUUACGAAAAUAUUCAUUGCUGGAGUACCAAUAAUAAUAUGGGAUUCUGGUGGAUCCUGCGUUCCCCUGUAUUCUUAGCCAUUUUGAUUAAUUUCUUCAUUUUCAUCCGUAUCAUUCAGAUCUUGGUUUCUAAGCUCCGUGCCCACCAGAUGCGAUACACAGACUACAAGUUUCGGCUGGCGAAAUCAACCCUGACUCUGAUUCCCUUGCUGGGCAUCCAUGAGAUGGUUUUUGCCUUUGUUAUUGAUGAGCAAGCUCAGGGCACUCUACGCUUUGUCAAGCUGUUCUUUGACCUCUUUCUUGGCUCUUUUCAGGGAAUGCUGGUGGCCAUUCUCUACUGCUUUGUGAACAAAGAGGUACAGUCGGAACUCACCAAAAAAUGGACACGCUGGAAACUUGGUCGGGACAUAGAAGAAGAGUAUAAACACACAUACAGCAACACCCCCAACGCUCGUAACGGGAGGAGCAGCAGCACCUGUGAGAAGCACAAACUGGUUGGCAACUACCUCAAUGGUCUGAGCUGCAGCCAAGCAACUGUACAUACUAGCACGCAGUAUCUGGAGAGGACCCACGGCAGCAUCAGUGAAAAUCUAGCUGUGAAUGAACUACCUCCUUGCUAUGAAUUUCCUGACGUGAAGGGGGAGAGCAACAUCUAAAGCAGUUCAGUCCAUUGUCUCCAGCAGUUUGGGCUCAUUGAUUCUUUUCUCAUAAGACAGCCAUAUUGCAGAGCAAGGAUGGCAGAGCUGAAAGUCCAGGAGACACUGAGUGGGACGUGUGAUUGGAAACCGACCAAUGUCUAGCUCCCUGAAGUGAUACCUCAGUGUCAGGUUGUGUCCUCUCUGAGAUAGAAAGGCAUAUCCUGAUGAGACUCAUGUCCUCCUCCUUGUCUGCAUUCAUAGUAUUCCAUGGGUGAACUCCACUGUAGGUGAGCAGAAAGGAACAAGUCAGUGAUAGCCCAGGUAUGGGUCUGGGAGAGUUAUAGGCUAAAGGUUGGAGAUGUCAUGAAGUGGAUUUUGGAUGGAAAGAGAAUCUGUACUAUAGCUAGAAGGUCUGAAAGUCUACAGUUCAGAAAUUGCACAUUGAUUAGUGUUGAUCAAACUAAGAAUCUCAGAACCCUUUCUAGCUCUUGCUUUUAUAAAGAACAAGCUGAAAAUGUAUCAGCAGUAUUUGCUAAAAGAUAAACAAAUGGAGCAGAAGGGGCUGUGCAAUUUUUUAAAAAUUAGUCAUAAGGGAGCGUAUAUUCAGAAAUUGCCUAUUCCCUAACAUGCUCUAUCCUGAUGGAAAAUUCUGCCAAAAAGAUCUGGAAACCAAGUCAUCAGCAAAACAUGCAAAGUUAUAUAACUGUUCGGCAUAGCUAAAUAUUUUAUUUCCAAGUUUAGUCAUUGCAGAAUUUGGGUUUGAGCACAAGAGUUCCAAAUUCCUUCUUGAAAAUCUUUGUUUUGCCUCUGGAGUGGUGGUACCUGAGGAAUGGGGGCCAUGCUUCUUGAAGAAGGUAUGGUAUUCAACACAGGUGGAGUCCAUCUGGAGAAUUAGGGGCAUAACUUGUCCACCUGAGCAUCUGGGUGAUUUCAGGAAGCAACUUAGUAAUGCUGUAAUGUCCCUCUUAACUGGAGGUUAGAAAUGAGAAUUACAGGAUUCUGGGCAGCAAAAUGCCCAGAAUUUAACAUUUAACCACAACCACAGUCCAAAACAGCCUUGCCAAUUUUGCUGUGAGCUGCCCACCUGGGUUAUCAGGUAAUUUGCACGUUGUUUUGUGGUAGGUGACAAUAUAAGUACCAAAAGUAGUGCCUGUGAUCUUAAGUAGGCAGCAAUAGUAAUGCUCACUCAAAAGUGAAGAUAUUGACCAACUUUAUGGCUGUUCCAUUACAUCCGUGCUGUGGAAACCCUUACUUCAUUUGUUCCCAGGAUAACUCUGUCCUGAAUGAUUCUGUAAAUUGAUUUUUGCUGAGGGCUGCCUCCAGUCUGUGAUGUCAGUGCCAAUGUUCUGGAGAUCAAACCCUCAAUAAAUGGUGUUACGUGUCUUGGCAACUUGGAUAGUUUCCUCCUGAUGCACAUCACAGCUCAUCUUACCUAAGGACUGGGCUAUACAACAGUUACUAACAUGGACAGGAACAGCUGUCCUGCACUGGCCACAUUCAUCAAAAGCAUUAACCUUCAUAGGAAAGUUAUGCGACAGGUUUAAAUUAGAACCAUUGCAACAGACAGGUAAUUAUUGCCCUCUACAAUUAUGCAAUGUCUUUCUCAAAGCCUAAGAUUCUGUUCUCCCCAGAAUAGGCGUGGAAGAAUUCCUCUGGCAUUUCCAGGGGCAUUGAAACAUUCCGAUCCAGACAUCGCUAAGUAGAAGCACAGAGAUUAUGUACGUUAGUCAUGGAGCUCUUCAUCACAGUCUGUCUGUCUCUCUCUCUCAAAUAUGUUCUUAUUUUAAAAAAAAACAUUCCUUCUGAGCAUGAACUCAGAACACAGAAUAACUUCAUGCAUGCCCAUCCUUAUGAUGUUCCCUUAAAAUCCUUUGACUGUAACACAGUAUGAAUAAAACAGAAGUUUCUGCAAUUGAGCUGCCACAACUCACCAGACCAUUUAAUGACUUUGUGUUUGAGAGAAAACCAGCUCAGGACGUUAGUUUAAGGUUCAGUGUGUUGUGUGAAUCUACGGUAUUGGGAUAAUCACUUAAAUCAUAGCUAAGUUAACCAUGGCUGAGUGUAUUGUGUGAAUUCAGGAAUUGAAAUGUUACUUCAAAUUUUCCAUUACCUAUUUUUCUUCUGAUUAUUCCCACCUGCUUUUUGAAGUUGAGGUUUAUUCGAUUUAUAUGCCGCCCU